AUGGUUUCCGUGUUCUCCGACGCCGUCACGGUGAGGUCCGCACGAGACCCCAAGGACUCACACAGUCCUGCUACAGACCCCAGGGACUCACACAGUCCUGCUACAGACCCCAGGAACUCACAGUCCUGCUACAGACCCCUCAGACUCACACAGUCCUGCUACAGACCCCAGGGACUCACACAGUCCUGCUACAGACCCCAAGGACUCACACAGUCCUGCUACAGACCCCAGGGACUCACACAGACCUGCUACAGACCCCAGGGACUCACACAGUCCUGCUACAGACCCCAGGAACUCACAGUCCUGCUACAGACCCCUCAGACUCACACAGUCCUGCUACAGACCCCAGGGACUCACACAGUCCUGCUACAGACCCCAAGGACUCACACAGUCCUGCUACAGACCCCAGGGACUCACACAGACCUGCUACAGACCUCAGACUCACACAGUCCUGCUACAGACCCCAGGGACUCACACAGUCCUGCUACAGACCCCAGGGACUCACACAGUCCUGCUACAGACCCCAGGAACUCACAGUCCUGCUACAGACCCCUCAGACUCACACAGUCCUGCUACAGACCCCAGGGACUCACACAGUCCUGCUACAGACCCCAAGGACUCACACAGUCCUGCUACAGACCCCAGGGACUCACACAGACCUGCUACAGACCUCAGACUCACACAGUCCUGCUACAGACCCCAGGGACUCACACAGUCCUGCUACAGACCCCAGGGACUCACACAGUCCUGCUACAGACCCCAGGGACUCACACAGACCUGCUACAGACCCCAGGGACUCACACAGUCCUGCUACAGACCCCAGGGACUCACACAGUCCUGCUACAGACCCCAAGGACUCACACAGUCCUGCUACAGACCCCAGGGACUCACACAGACCUGCUACAGACCCCAGGGACUCACACAGACCUGCUACAGACCCCAGGGACUCACACAGACCUGCUACAGACCCCAGGGACUCACACAGACCUGCUACAGACCCCUCAGACUCACACAGACCUGCUACAGACCCCUCAGACUCACACAGACCUGCUACAGACCCCAGGGACUCACACAGACUAG